CCCGCCUGCACCCGCCCCCAACACGUUCGACCACCGCGAUGGUCAUCGAGGACGCGUCCAUCGAGCGCUUCUGCCGCGGCUGCCGGGAUUAUGUCCCGGCCGUCCGACGCCAAGUGGACCAAAACAAUCCGCCGAUCCGGCGGCCACAUGAAGCCAUGGCCCAGGAUCCGGGCCUCUCGGAUGGUCUCUGCGAUGAGUGCAUCGUCCGGCUCAUGUCCCCGGAAAAGUAUGUCACCCGGUCCUUUGCCUCGGCCAGCUUGCGCACGGUCCUACACCAGUACAAGAUGACCCAUCUGGUCAUGUCCAAUCGCUUUGCCAGUUGGAUUGGUUUGGCGACCCUGCGCGUCCUUACGUCGCCGGUCCUCACCUGGUCGGCGGCCCGGCUGGUGUGCUUUGUCCUGCGCCGGCCUCUGCCGGCCGGGACGCCGACCGCCCUGUGGCCGGUCCCGGGUCCCGAGCGGCAGAUCAUGCCGCGCCCUUUCCCCCUGGCCUGUGCCGGCCAGCCCUUCACCCCGGUAUCCAUCUCCAGCCUGCUUCCGCUGAUCAGGAGGGCCAUCAUCAUCUGUGGAUAUUCCCCUGUCCUCAAUUAUGCGCGGAACGCCCUCUGGCAGCAGCAACUCCAGAUGUACUUCUACCACACGAUGGCCCACACGAGUACCGCAACUAUCAGCAUCACAGGCAUGGCCAUCUCCAUUGCCACCGAAAUCUUUCGUCUUAUCACCGGCCCCCCGGACGGCAAGCCCCUGGUUCGCGGCGGCCAUAUCCUGUCGGUGGCCAGUCUCUUGAAUCAAGCGGAUGCCUUCGCCCUGGGGUUCGUUUGGGGCCUGCAAACCUUCGACCACGCAUCUCUCAAGCCCAAGAGCCUGCGCAACUGGGAGCCCCUGGUGCGCACCCUCAUCGACUGGCUGAUCGUGGGCGCCGAGGCUGGCUUCUUCCCCCGGCUCUUCCCCCUGAUCCAGCAGGAUGGCGCCUCGGCACCUGCCGAGCCGGUGUACCUCCUUCAGCCGGCCGCCCCUGGGACAGAGAUCUCCCUCUUCCGGCCAUGGACCUGGUUCCGCCGUGGGCUUACCACCGACGCGGCCUGGUACAUGGGUGUCGGCCUCCUGUCCCAGGGAGCCAUGCUGUUGACCCAGUAUCUCCUCCACCGGCGUGUCCGGCAGCUGAUCGACGAACGAGCCACGCGUCAGGUGGCGUCCCUCUACAAGCCCCGCGUGGAGAUGUCCGACCAUGAUGGGGAUGCCUCCGGGCAGGGUUCCCCCAAGGACCACUGAGCCCGGGGUCCUGCCCUUGCCGGGAUUUGGAGGGGCGCCAAAAGCAGGCAGCUUUCGCCAGGCCUGCCUCCCACCUCUCCGCUUCUCUCUCUCUCUCUCUCCCUCUCUGCCACUCUCCCCCUCCAUUCUUCGGCCCCUCGCCGUGUUGGGGCCAAAAAUAUUACGCCAAGUUUUUUU